CGGGGCGGCUCUCGGGCCCUGGGGGAGGAGGCCGCGCUGAGUCUGGAGCGCUGAGUCCCGUGCGCUGCUGCGCGGCUCGGACGCGGCCAGUCUUCCUCCCGCGGAGCCGGGCGCGCGCGGCCGCGAUGAGCUGGGAGUUGCUGCUGUGGCUGCUGGCGCUGUGCGCGCUCCUCGCGCUCGUGGUGCAGCUGCUCCGCUUCGUGCGGGCGGAUGGCGACCUGACCCUGCUGUGGGCCGAGUGGCAGGGGCGACGCCCAGAAUGGGAGCUGACUGAUAUGGUGGUAUGGGUGACCGGAGCAUCGAGUGGGAUCGGUGAGGAGCUGGCGUACCAGCUGUCUACACUGGGAGUCUCCCUUGUGCUGUCAGCCAGAAGAGUGCAGGAGCUGGAAAGGGUGAAGAGAAGGUGCCUUGAGAAUGGCAAUUUAAAAGAAAAAGAUAUACUCGUUUUGCCGCUUGACCUGGCUGACAGAAGUUCCCAUGAAGCGGCUACCAAAGUGGUUCUCCAGGAGUUUGGUAAAAUUGACAUUCUGGUCAACAAUGCUGGAAGAUCCCAGCGUUCUUUGUGUGUGGAUACCAGCCUGGAUGUCUUCAAGGAGCUAAUAGAACUUAACUACUUAGGGACGGUGUCCUUGACAAUGUGUGUUCUGCCUCACAUGAUCGAGAGGAAGCAAGGAAAGAUUGUUACCGUGAACAGCCUCCUGGGUAUCAUAUCUGCACCCCUUUCUAGUGGAUAUAGUGCCAGCAAACAUGCUCUUCGGGGUUUUUUUAAUUGCCUCCGAACUGAACUUGCUACAUAUCCAGGUAUAGUAGUAUCUAACAUUUGUCCAGGACCUGUGCAAUCAAAUAUUGUGAAGAAUUCCCUAACUGAAGAAGUCCAAAAGACUGUAGGCGUUGAUACUGUCCAGUCCCACAAGAUGGUGACCAGUCGUUGUGUGCGGCUGAUGUUAAUCAGCAUGGCCAAUGAUUUGAAAGAAGUUUGGAUCUCGGAUCACCCUUUUUUGUUAAUAACAUAUUUGUGGCAAUAUAUGCCGACCUGGGCCUGGUGGCUAACCAACAAAUUAGGGAAGAAAAGAAUUGAGAACUUCAAGAAUGGUUUGGAUGCAGAUAUCUCUUACUUUAAAACCUGGAAGACAAAACAUGACUGAAGGAGGAGUACUUGUAUUUUUUAAGUCACUGGAGGGAGAAAUGAAAACAACAAUCUUCUUAUGUACUGAAGACUAACUUCUGACUUUCCUUUUCAGUAGAUAUAAGUUUUCUUUCAACAUGUAAUAAUUAACAAAAGAUUGCCAUGACUCUUGCAAUAAAGAUAUUAACAUAUACUGCAUUCUUGGAUAAAAAA